UAGGGAGGAUAGUUUUUAUUGUGAGAAUACGGAAUUCUAAUAAAAAUCAAUGAGGUGAAUGCAAACUGGGGUAGACGGUGAACAGAUGAGCUAUGCUCAUAUUACUUUGCUUAGAGGCUUUGACUUGAGCUCUUUGAGACUGCAGUUUAGCUUAACGUGACAUUAUUUUUGCUCAUAUACAUAUAAAACAGGAAGCGCAUUCAGAUAACAUCAACAGCUACUUCCUUAUAUGUACAAAAAUAAAGUGCUCUGACAGCAGCAAAACUGACACUUUGAUUUUAGAAAGGAUAGAAACCUUUGUGCAUUUGUAGACCCACAUGGGCAUUACACGGGACCAAUCAGGAGCACAGGGGAAAAAGUUUAAAAACAAGCCCCAUGCAUUACUGCCUGUACAUCUGUGCGUGAGCAGGAGGCGGGAGGAAGCCAGGAGCAGAAUUGACUGCGGAGCUUAAGAAGCAGCAGCGAUGUUCAUGGAGCAGCUUUAUGCAAUUCCCCUUGAAGUGUCAUCUAGACUGUCACAGACAUCGUCACCUCAGUCAGGCUGCCCGUCACCUUCCAUCCAGACAGGCAAAGUCAUCUCCUCAUCCCAGAAGCACAGCAAGAAGGCACUCAAACAGGCCUUGAAACAGCAGCAGCAAAAGCAACAGCAGCAGCAAUGCAGAGCAGGCAUGCCUGUGUCGUCUAACCAGCAUGUCCUUCUAAAGGCCGUCAAGGCAGCCAGUGACUCCACACCUGCAAAAUCUGCUUGGGAAGGAAAGCAGUCAGAUGGACAGUCAAGCAGCCCUCAGAACUCCACCUCCAGUUCCUCUCCCUCUGUUAAGCUUGAUAACUCCUUGCCAGGGUUGGGGAAGAAGCCAUUCCAGAGAUCUGACAGGCUCCAUGCAAGGCAGCUGAAGAGAACAAAGUGUGCUGAAAUUGAUGUGGAAACUCCCGACUCCAUCCUCGUGAACACAAACCUGCGGGCGCUGAUCAACAAGCAUACGUUCUCUGUUCUGCCUACAGAAUGCCAGCAGCGCCUGCUGCUGCUGCUGCCGGAGGUGGACAGGCAGGUUGGGGCGGAUGGUUUGAUGAAGCUGAGUGGCUCUGCGCUCAACAACGAGUUCUUCACUUCAGCUGCCCAAGGCUGGAAGGAGAGGUUGUCAGAAGGUGAGUUUACACCAGAAAUGCAGCUAAGAAUACGGCAAGAAAUAGAAAAGGAAAAGAAGGUCGAGCUGUGGAAGGAACGUUUUUUUGAGAGCUACUAUGGUCAGAGUUCUGGACUAAGUCCUGAAGAGUCCAAGAGACUGACAGCAAACACCAGCCCUGCCGAGACAGAGACUGAAAAUCCAGCAGCUGAACAGCCAAAAUGCACGCCAGCCUCUCUGGCACCACUCAAAGAGGAGAUUACUUCUCCGUUAGAGUCUAAAGCACAAGCAGUCCAGGAAGCACCAGCGAUGAAAAAAGGAGGAGAGGAAAGAAGAGAGGACACGCAGCCAAAACCAGCCAAACCUGCAGAGGCCUCGGUUUCCCCGGAUGGGUGUGCAGUGAAACCCAGCGACCAUUCUCUCCCUGUGAAAGAGAGAGUCCAAGGAGAAUCCAUUCAAGAGAAACCACAAACUGCCGCUAAUCAAAAGCCAGGAGAAGAGAGAAAGCACGCUGCAUCCAAGGAAGUGCUAGCGAAAGAGACUGUCAGUACCUCAGUUUUGGCCCCGAGUAAACCAAAGAGCCCCGAGGCAGGUGAAGUAGUAGCAAAUGUGAAAAGUCCAGUGAUUACUCCAGAAACACCAGAAAAGAAGUCCCCUGUAAAUGAAGACAUGGAAGUCAGUGUUGAAGCCCGUAAGAGGAAGUCAGAGAGUCGUGAAGAAGCUCUAACCACUCCUGAAAAAAAGCCACGCAUCAUGGAGAACUGUCAGCACCACCAGGCAUUUCGGACCCAGCCACAGUCCUUUCCUGCAGCGGGGACCCCGGUGCCACGGGUACCCCCACUCAAGAUUCCUGUUUCCAGAAUCUCCCCAAUGCCAUUUCCUGCGAGCCAGGUCUCUCCCAGGGCACGUUUCCCAAUCUCACUCACCAGUCCGGGAAGAACAGGGGCCAGAACUUUGGCAGACAUCAAGGCAAAAGCCCAGCAAGCCAAGGCUCAGAGGGCAGCGGCUGCCGCCGCCGCCGCCGCUGCCGCCUCGACGGGGGGGGCUGUCCCAGGGCCUGGACCGGGCGGUGGUGGGGGCCCACCGGGCGGCGGAGGAGAGAAGAGUAACGCAGCAACAAGCAGAACCAACGAAACUGGAAUUCGAGGAAAUGCACUGGAACUGGCAGGAACUGGAAGCGGGGGAAGUUCGAGAAGGUUUCUUCCCCAUUGUCCAGGGACCCAUACCCAAAUGGAGACCCAGGCCACAGACCAGGCACCACCUCACAAUCCUUCUGGAGCACAACUACAGCAAACUUCCACACUGCAAUCCAGAACUCCAGCCAGCAGUACAGGCACCAGCUCCUCCUCCUCCACGGUAUCGGCAUUGGAGAAAAUCAACAGAAUAAAACAGAGCCCCCCCAGUAUGACUGUAAAUCAGGUUUCAGGCUCCCCGCAUGCUGGUAGCAGUGACAAACAAGAGAAAGCACCUUCUGCUCCGGCAGGUCCAAGCCAGGCCUGUGGGGCAGCAGCUGUCAGGGAUGGAACAGUCUGCGUCACUGUGCCCACAGCAGAUGUAACUAAGGUAGCACCUACGGCCUUAGGAGGGACCAGCUUAGGUGUUUCUAAAAGCAAAUCUCCUUCCCCUCUGAUGUCGUCACUAACAUCCACGAGCUCGGAAGCCCAGGCUGGAGGUGUGGUAACAUCUGCGACAUCUGUCCCACCCUCUAACACUUUGUCAGCAGCACCUAGCCUUAAAACUCAUGCAAGUUCAAGCUCAAGCGGUGCCCUCCCAAAACCAAGCUCCAGUAUUCCCGCUAACAACCCUUUGGUCACCCAACUUCUUCAAGGCAAGAAUGUCCCUCUGGAGCAAAUCCUGCCGAAGCCCCUCACCAAAGCAGAAAUGAAAACUGUCCCAUUAGUUUCUCAUGAAGAAAAAGGGGCGGCAGCAGCAUCCAGUGCUACGAGUGUAGCAGGGAAGGGCACUGGAGCCGAGGGUAGUGAAAGACAAUCGAGUUUACCCACACAACAGCUUGGGAAGAUCUUUUGCCAGAACAGGCCUCUGCCUCACAUUCCAAGGACCCUUCCACUCCCCUCGGGAAAGGACCCCAGCCUUGACCAGCACCAGUGCCACGAGGCACUCAGCAAAACCACCCAAGAGCAGAUCCUUCAGACUCUUAUCAAGAGGGUCCAGAGGCAGAAUUUGUUGCCAGUCCUUCAGCCUUCACAACUGAACCUCACUCACUCAGGUUUCCAGUUAGAAAACAGCUCCACCAGCCAGAGAUUUAUGCUGGGUUUCAUGGGCAGAAGGACAUCCAAGCCUGCUAUGUCUGGUCAUUAUCUGCUCAACAUUUCCACCUAUGGUCGUGGUUCAGAGAGUUUGAGGAGAGGCUUCUCCUUGAACCCUGAAAACCGCUUGUGUCUGAACAGUCCUGCUGAUGCUCCAAAAACAGAAUUUGGGGAAUGUGAGGAGAUAGCUGGCCACGGCAGCAGCAGUGAUGAAGGAGAUGCAGAUGAUGAGAGUACUGGUGAUGAACGUGAACAUAUCAGUGUAAAAGAGGAGCCCCAGGCUGCCCAGGUUUCUGGUCAGUGUGAGAAAGAACAGGUAUCACAUAGCAUAAAUUCUUCGGAUUACAGCAGCCUUGCUAAAAAGGGUGUAAAGACAGAAGCAGCCACGUCUCAGCAAGCAGCAGUCAACAAGGAGAACGUUCAGGCAUUUGACGGAACUACGCUAGCACGAGAUUUUAUUCAAGCCGCUCAAGAGCAAAUGGCACAUGCAAUGAGGGGGAAAAUGCACAGCAAUCCGGAGCUUUUCAGCACUUCUGUACCGUCCCUGGACUCUGCGCAGCAGCAGCCUCCGCUGCUUUCUCCUUCGCACCCUCCAAAGCUAUCUGGAAAUGCUGCAGCACAGCUCAUUGGGCCCAGUUACAGUGGCACAAUAAAUGUCUCCACCUCCCCGGAUGUGAACCAAGGGUCUCUUAUGACUGGGCUGUCUGAAUGCAAUCAGUUGUCUAGCAGCAUGGGGAACGUCAUGUCCUUUUCUGUGACUGUAACCACCAUUCCCACCAGCCAAGCUAUGAACUCUGGCAACCACAGUCAGACCAUCCCCGUUCAAGCCUUCGCUGAAGACAACAGCAUGGAGGAUUCCCCUUCCAAAUGUUACUGCAGGUUGAAAGCCAUGAUCAUGUGCAAGGGCUGCGGUGCCUUCUGCCAUGAUGAUUGCAUUGGCCCCUCUAAGCUCUGUGUCUCCUGCCUCGUCGUGCGGUAACCGGGACGGGAAGCGGGGAAGAGGAUGGCUUGAUUUUGGUUUUGCUUUUGGAAGUACAUUGGGAAGAAACAGGAAAUUUACUGCCUUGCACAAGGGACACGUUACUGAAUCAGGAAUACAGAGUAGAGUUCUUCUUUCAUUAAAGAAAGAGCACCUUCUUGUACAGUGAGUCUAAAUUGAGCUCAACUACGUGAAUUGUGACAAGAGUUUGCACUUAAGGAGUUAUGUAAAUAUGUCACAUUAUUUUGUUUAAAAAUAUUUUUUCAAUCUUUUAGGAGAUAGUGUUUGACUUGUACUGCAGUUUCAUUAACCCCAGCCUGCUACCCAGCAUGUUUGCUGAGCUCUGCUCUAGAUGGGGGAACGAACCCCCCGCAAAACCUUACCCUGUUGGUCUUCUCUGGACAGAGAGAAGAACUGGAUAAUCGAGAAACUAAACGUUUGUACUGGCUGAUCACAGAGCACCGAAGCAGGAACCCCUGAAUGGGCUCACUUUGCUGCUCUAAAUUUACUUCAAAUUUUUCAGAAUUGGAAGGCGUUAACGCUGGACCAGCCUUUCACUCGUGACCUGGCAGUUUCCAGAAGGCAUACUGGGUUGUGCAGUACUGGCUGGUGGUUUUGAUUUGCAUGUCCUCUCCUUUUCAAGGAGUCAGUUGCAGUAACCUUGUUCUAAGGAAGGUAGCGUCUUGAUUUGCUACCGGUAAAUACUGAAAAAGGCAACUGUACUAACCAUAGGAGUCAAGAAUUUAAAUCACUAUAACAACUCAGUAACCGUGAUUAUCGGUAAUCCCAGGAGCCAUUUAAAGCAGAGAUCACAAAUACGUGCUGAACUGCAUUUCAUUUCCGGACUGUCAGGACUCGGCAGAAACCUGCUUUUUUAUUAGGUGUUUCAAGUGAGCUGGAAAGCGCCAUCCCACAGUUACGAACCAUCAGCUGUUACGGCACGUGAUGCAAGUGAAGUGCACUAAGUGUCACCCUCGGUCCUGCUGUUUUCUAGGAAGCUUACUGUGCUCAUUGAAACCUCCACGAUAGUCAGA